CACAACUCCUAAAUCCUCUCAGAGAUGCAUAGAUAACAUCUUCUGCUGUAAGACAUUUCAGAGGAAUGUUAACAAUGUGGGUAACUUGUACAGCUUUUGUUCUCCUCAUCCAAAUAAUCCAGAGUCUGGCUUUUGAUGAUUCACCAUUUCAACUUACUAACAAGGCCACAGGUUUUUGUUUGAUUAAAACUCGUGACUAUUGCCUUGAUAUACGCUGGACAACUGGUGACCGACUUCUGGUUCCCUGGAAGAACAAGUGCCUGGGAGUCCAAGGGAAAAGUGUUGGAAGUGAAAUAAGUGUCUACGACUGUGACGAAAACAGCGAACUCCAAAAGUGGGAAUGCAAGAAUGGAACACUGCUCGCCCUCAAAGGCCAAGAGCUUUACAUUGAGCUCACUGCAGAUAACACAGCUAUUCUCUCUAAAACAAUAGGACCCAACAACCACCUUACAAUUUCAGGGACGUCCAGUGGUGCUUGCACGAAAACAUACAGAGAACUUUACACUAUUGGAGGAAAUGCAAAUGGUCGACCCUGCAUGUUUCCCUUCCAGUACAGAGACCAGUGGUACCCACAAUGUACUACGUUUGACUCCUCAGAAAAGCGUCUUUGGUGUGCGAUUCAAACUAAAUAUGAAAAUGAACUCUGGGGCUUUUGCCCAACGAACUCCAAAGAAUACUGGAAUAAACACCCAACAACAGGAGCUUCUUACCAGCUCAACACACAGUCAGCUCUGACUUGGGCCCAGGCAGAGGCCAGCUGCAAACAGCAGGCUGCCUCCCUGCUCAGCAUCACUGAUCCUCACCAGCAGUCUUAUGUUACAGCACUACUAGGGCAAGGGGGCAGUAAGCUUUGGAUUGGACUGAUCCUGGAUCCAGAACAUGGUUGGCAGUGGUCAAAUGGGAGGCCUUACCGCUAUCUCACAUGGGACUCGGGACAUCCGCUUCCUGAUCCAGGACAAAACUGUGCAAUUGUUGAUCCUGCUGUAGAGUACUCUUGGCAAAGUUCAAGUUGCAACAAGAAACUGGGGUACAUUUGCUAUAGUGAAGGGCCUAUGGGAACUCCUACGGAAGCUGUUGCGACAGGAUUUUGUUCAAACCCAUGGAUUCCCUACAAUGGCCACUGCUUCUACCUUCAGCAAACUCAGAAAACAUGGUCUGAUGCCCAGACAGAGUGUCGCAAAGAAGGUGGGAACCUAGUGAGCAUAGGCAAUGUGGAGGACCAAAGCUUUCUCAUCUCUCAACUUGGAUAUGCACCCACAGAUGAGCUCUGGAUUGGACUGAAUGACAGGAAGACCGAAGGACUUUUUGACUGGAGUGACCACUCAACUGUCAGCUUUACCAGCUGGGGAUAUGGGGAGCCUACUGUCUCUACUGAUCUUGAAGAUUGUGUUCUCAUCAGGGGAGAGAGUGGAAACUGGGCUGCUCGUGUGUGUGAAGAGAAACAUGGCUUCAUUUGUAUGAAGAUUACUACUUCAAACCCCACUGGAAAUGAAGUGGAGCAGAAUGUGGGCUGCAAAACCGGGUGGAGAAGACAUGGCUCCUACUGCUACUAUGUUGGGAAAGAGAGAAAAUCUUUUGAGGAAGCCAAAGAAUACUGCAAAGGUUCAGACUCUUACUUAGCUGAUGUUUCAAAUAGGGUGGAUAAUGCGUUCCUUGUCAGCUUGGUGGGAUUGAGACCAGAGAAAUAUUUCUGGCUGGGGCUCUCCAACCAGAGAAACAUUGAUGAAUUUGUGUGGACCAACACAGACAAUGUGAGAUUUACUCACUGGAAUGCUGAAAUGCCAGGUCACCAACAGGGCUGUGUUGCCAUGAAAACUGGGAUUUUUGCUGGACUCUGGGAUGUGUUGCCCUGCACCAAUAAGGAGAAAUACAUCUGCAAGCACCUGGCAGAGGGGACCGUUUUAACCCCUGCACCACCAACUCUUACACCUCCUAAGUGUGCAGACAGGUGGACUCGAUUAGGGUCAAGAAACUUUUGCUUUAAGUUGUUUUUGGAGUCACCUUCAACCUGGAGGACCUGGUAUGGUGCCAGAGAUUACUGCAGGGCCAUCGGAGGAGACCUACUCAGCAUCCACAGCGCAGCUGAACUACAACUGCUACCAGACAGAUAUCAUGAUGUGUGGAUUGGACUCAAUGCCCCGGACCAAAUGACUGGUUAUGUGUGGAGUGAUGGAUCCGCACUGCAAUUUCAACACUGGAUGGAAGGAGAGCCAAACAAUAAAAAUAAUACUGAAUCUUGUGUUGAAGUCAAAUUACAGAAUCAGGAUAUGGGUGGAUCAUGGAAAGAUAUUCACUGUGAAAUGUACCAAGGAUGGCUUUGUCAGAUCCGUGCAGGAGUGACUCCAAAUCCACCUCCAGAUCCUGUUGCUCCAGACUAUAAUACAACUUCAGAUGGGUGGCUUGAAUGGAAUGGGAAUCAAUAUUAUUUUAACAGAAGGUCGAUGCCUAUGGAAGAUGCUCGUUACUUCUGCCAACAGAAUCAUGGUGACUUGGUAACUAUCAACAGUGAAGCUGAGAAUGUCUUUAUAUGGAAACAGAUAUCCAGAAAUUAUGCAUCUAACUGGAUAGGCCUGAAUGUAGAUCUUGAUGGAACAUAUGAGUGGAUGGAUGGUUCUCCAGUAGUGUUUCAAAGGUGGGAUGACAAUCAACCUCGUUUCUUGAACAAUGAUGAGAAUUGUGCUGCCAUGACCUCCUCCCUGGGGUUCUGGCAUGAUGAUAAUUGUGGGAGGGAUCGCGAGUUCAUUUGUAAACGUAGUAGCUCACCACCUGCCAACACCACUGUAGCGCCCACAGUGCCUCCUAAAGGUGGCUGUCCAGAAAAUUGGAAGAAAUUUGACUCAAAGUGUUACAGCAUCAUGAAAAGCCAGAGGGAGACAUGGGAUGGAGCAAGGAAACAGUGCAGAAAGAUGGGAGGAAAUCUGGCCUCAAUUCUCUCAAGACAUGUGCAAUUGUUUUUGACCACUCAAAUGACUGGGGCACCUACUACUGACUUGUGGAUUGGUUUGCAUAAAAUGAACCAUUAUGCAUUUGUCUGGACUGAUGGGAGACCAAUGCGAUACACCCACUGGACUUUACUGGAAUACGGUUAUCCUAGCAUCCAUGAUUAUUACGGCGAGACGGAUUUCUAUCAUGGAGGAUAUGAAUAUUAUAAGCCAGAGGAUUGUGCUCUGAUGAAUACUGAGCCUGAAUUUGGUAUUGGGAAAUGGAGACCAAGGUUCUGCAAUGAUACCAAUGGAUAUGUCUGUCUUCGAAAUGUUGAUCCAUCAUUCGCAGACUCCCCAGAACCAACAUCUUAUAAUGACUAUGUCAAAAUACUUAAUGACUCCAUCAAGGUUGUUACUCAACAAAUGCCCUGGGUUGACGCCAAGAGGAACUGUGAGAAUGAUGGUGCCAAACUGGCCAGCCUGCGAAAUGAGUGGACCCAGACCUACGUUGAGCUGAUAGCUUUUAAUCUUCAAGCUCCUCUGUGGUUAGGACUGAACAGAAUGGAGACCGGCGGGUAUUUUAGAUAUAUUGAUGGUUGGCGUAUGACUUUAUUCAAUUGGGGUAGAAGAGAACCACGCAGCGACCGACAUUGUGUGUACCUGGAUAUAGAUGGAGAAUGGAAGACUGCUGACUGCAAUCAGAAAAUGAACAGUGUUUGUAUGAAAUCUACAGAUGUGCCGCCAACAGAGUCAAGCGAAUUUCCAGGAUUUUGCCCUGAGGACCCAGAGACAACCUCACACAGAAGCGAGAGAAGUAGCUGGAUAACAUAUAAGUAUUAUUGUUAUCUCUUUAUGACUGAAAAAACUAGUUGGGCAGAUGCAUCUGUUAAUUGUGCAAAACAUGGUGGAACUCUUGCUAGCAUUGAAGAGCCCCAGGAACAGGAUUUCAUUCAAAGCAAUCUGCUAACAUUUAAAGAUAGCUCCACGUUUUUCUGGAUUGGCUUGUAUAAAACUCACAAAGGCAAAUGGUUGUGGUUGGAUAAAUCAGUCAUGGACUACACUAACUGGGCUAGAGGUGCUCCUGGUGGUAGCAGUUAUGGAAAGAUUCGAACUAAAGAUGGGACAUGGGAUGCAGAUCACGGGUGGUAUCGCAAAGGAUAUAUCUGCAAAACACUCAAAACACAAAAAGUGGCAUCACUGUCAACACAUAAAAAUUCUACAAAAGAUCCUCAAGCUCGUGGCUACAUCGGGUUGACAGUGGUACUGGUCAUUAUUGGAAUUGUCAUGGGGGCAAUCAUUGCCUUCUUCCUCUUCAAGAAGUCUGGCCGCCACUUACCUAUCCCUGAAAGGUUAACUAACUUUGACAACCCAAUGUUCUCCAACAAUGAGCAGUCUCAGCCUAAUCUGGUGGCUUCCAGUCAACUGGUAGUAAAUGCAGAAGAAGAGGACGCUGGUUCUGUUAAAACUGUAAUGUAAUUAUCAGCAGAAUCUGCUACAAAAAAACAAUGUAUUUUUUGGCACAGGGUUGCUCACAAUUGCGACUGCACAAAAUAGACAAAAAUAAUUUUGUUGUGGGAUAUUUCCAUUGUACAAAUACCUAUCCAUUUGUAAUUGUUUGAAAAUAUGUUUAACUGUAUAUUUUACAAGAACUAAGACUUUACUGGGUGACUGAUUGAUUGAAUGUACACAGAAUUUUACAUCAUACCUUAGUUUACUUUAACUACUAAACCUGCUAGAAUUAUGCUUUGUAUUUGCAACUUGAGUUUGUAACAGAUUGUUCAACUGAAAGCUUAAAUGUCAUGUUAAUUUUGCUUAGGGAACACAGGCAGAUCAACGGUAAUCAAUUAUAUAAUUUAUCAGCAUUCUGUGGAGUCUACACUUUUACUUCACUGCUUCUCAGGUGAAAAUAUUCUUAUAUCCUUUACAUUUAUCUGAUGGCUGUAGUUGCUGCUUAUUCUGCAAGAUUUUUACAUACAAAAUAAACAGUGGAUGUUGAUCAACCAUUAAGCAAUGUGUACUGAGAACAUAAGAAA